AGACCUGCAACUGCCACUUGCCUCCAGUUUUUCUCUUACACAUAUUUCCUACUAUAAUUUACGGAAGAUAGAUGCCCAACAUUCUAAACAAGCUCGACCAUACUAUAACGAUGAUGCCCUACGCUCUUUACUGGUUCUUGUUCAUCUCUAUAUAUUCUACGGUCAGAAUCACCAGCAUCUCCACCGCGGCUUACACUGCCACAGAAUUAAUCCUCCUAAGCUGCGGCUCAUCAACCAUCACAAACGACGCCAGCAACCGGAGUUGGGUCAGCGAUCAAGGUUCAAAAUACGUGCCGUCAUACGCUCCUUCCAUCUCUUUAACUUCCGAUGCUUCCACUAUGGAACCUAUGGUGUUUGCAGUCCCUUACAAGACUGCUCGUGUUUUCCACUCCCCUUUCACGUACACUUUUCCCCUCACCGAAGGCCAGAAAUUCCUUCGCCUUCACUUUUACCCCAACAUUUAUUCCAACGUCGACACUAAUCCAUCUUUAUUUUCUGUCAAGGCGAAUGCCUUCACCCUCUUGCAUAACUUCAGUGCUUUCCUUCAUUCCAGAUACAUAAAACGACAUGCUUUUAUGAUGGAAUUCAUUGUUAAAAUUGGAGCAACCCAAAAACUCGAUUUAACCUUCACCCCCAAUCCAGAAUCUUCUGCUUUUGUAAACGGAAUUGAAAUUGUGUCCAUCCCCGAUAAACUCUACCUUUCGGAAGAAGGCGUGCAAAUCAAAUAUGUGGAUCAAUUGUUUUAUCUCGACAGCAACACUGCUUUGGAAAAUCUUUACAGGCUGAACGUCGGUGGCACCGCGGUUCUGAUAGAAGAAGAUAGUGGGCCCACUCGCGGCAUGUUUCGGGGCUGGAGUCCUGAUGAUGACUACAUAUACUACGGUGAUAGGGGGUACACGCGGAAUAAAGAGGAACCUGGGAUCAACUACAGCACCAAAACUCCUCCCUAUACCGCGCCGCCUAAAGUAUACACGUCUGCUAGAACUAUGACCAACAUCAGCUUAAGUUUAGAAUGGGGUUUUCCGGUUGAUUCUGGAUUCAACUAUCUGCUCCGCUUCCACUUUUGUGAUUUUGUGUUCAGUAAGGAAAACGACUUAAAGUUCAGAAUAGAAAUCAAUAAUCAGACAGUUGAUCCUGAAGUUAAUGUUAUCUUCUUUGCCGGCGGCCCUGAUAUUCCCAUCGCCAGAGAUUACAUAACAUGGGUUCCUGAUGAUGGAAAUCGUGGAAAGCAAGACCUGCGGCUAUCUCUGGUGCCUUCCCUUAGGGCAGGGGCAGGACCAGAAUAUAUUAGCGCUAUCCUAAAUGGGUUAGAAAUUUUCAAACUCAAUGACUCGAAAGGAAGUUUUGCAGCAUCCAACCCAGAACUGGAGAUCGAUUCUCCACCGGCGUCAGUAGCAGGGAACCUGCCGCCGAAGAAGAAAACUGGUGUUGUAAUUUACACUGUGGUGGGGAGUGUUAUCGGCGUAGUUGUGGUGGUUGCAGCGGUGAUGAUCUUGAUUCUCCAGCGGAAGCGUAAAGUGAAGGACGCAAGCACAAGCGUCACCAAGUCAUCAUGGGUUCCACUAUCGACGCAUUCAAGGUCUACAGCAGGAUCAGGCGUCUCCCUGCCUUCUGAUAUAUGCAGAUACUUCUCCAUCAACGAGAUCAAAACCGCCACCCGCAACUUCGACGACAACUUCAUCAUAGGCAGGGGGGGUUUCGGCAACGUCUACAAAGGCCUCAUCGACAACGCCGCCACCACCGUCGCAAUCAAAAGGCUCAACUGCAAAUCCAGCCAAGGCGCUCGCGAGUUUCUCACCGAGAUCGACAUGCUCUCUAGGCUUCGCCACCUCCACUUGGUCUCCCUCAUCGGCUACUGCGACGAUGACGGCGAGAUGAUCCUGGUAUACGACUACAUGAUCCACGGCACCCUCCGCGACCACAUCUACAAUCCCGAAAACUCACCCCUAAGGUGGAAGCAGCGCCUCCAAAUCUGCCUUGGCGCCGCUAGAGGACUGUACUACCUCCAUACCAACGCAAAGCGCGCCAUCAUCCACCGCGACGUCAAGUCCUCCAACAUCCUUCUGAAGGACAAAUGGGUGGCCAAGGUGUCCGACUUCGGCCUCUCCAAAGUGGGGCCAGCUGCAGGCAAUCAAACACACGUCAGCACAAUUGUUAAAGGCAGCUUCGGUUAUGUAGACCCAGAGUACUACCGCACGCAAAAACUAACUCUAAAAUCCGACGUGUACUCGUUCGGAGUGGUGAUGUUCGAAGUUUUAUGCGGAAGGCCACCAAUAAUCGCAACCUUGCCAAUGGAGCAAGCGAAUUUAGCAGAGUGGGCAAAAUUAUGUUGCAAGAAAGGGACAGUUGAUAAGAUAAUUGACUCCAAUCUUAAGGGACAGAUUGCGGCUGAAUGCUUUAGAAAUUUUGUAGAAAUAAGCAUAGCAUGCCUCAGAGACAAGGGGAUUGAUCGGCCAUCGAUGAAUGACAUUGUUUGGAAACUGGAGUUUGCAAUGCAGCUUCAAGUGUCGGCAGAGGACAGAGGUGAAGGCAAGGACGAUGGGUUCACGCCCAUGAGCCCAUCGCUGCCAUUGCUCGGGAUUGGUUCGUCUAACACCUUUUCGCGAUCAAGGAGCACCGAAUUCUCUACCAGCAGCAGCGACUGUCCAGUAGAUGAUUUCUCUGAGCUCAUCAACCCCAUGGGCCGUUGAGGUCAUAAUAGGGGACG